AUGUCAGACAGUGAAGAGUACGACGUAUUUGGUGUGAGUCAGGAUCUCGUCCCGCCAGCGCCUAUCAAGCCAGCUGGAGCAUCCGAGAUCGACUUUGAUGGGCUGCUCUCGCCACCACUGAAGCUGCACGAGGACCUGAAGAAUGGUGUCGAGUUGGGUGCUGGUGGUGGGCUUGUUGGCCUUGCCGUAGUGCUAGGCUGCAAAACCGACAAACCCCUACACAUCACUGAUCAAGAGCCCAUGUUCGAUCUGAUGAAACGUAACAUCACACUCAACAACCUCGACUUACGCGUAACUGCAUCAAUAUACGACUGGGGUGCGGCGAAAUCACCGAAGCUGCCACCGCAUCCGGACAUCAUUCUUGCCGCUGACUGCGUGUACUUCGAACCUGCGUUUCCACUGCUUCAAAAAACACUAAGCGAUCUUAUUGGCGAUAAUACCGUCUGUUACUUCUGCUUUAAGAAGCGCAGAAGAGCGGAUUUGCAGUUCAUGAAAGUUGCGAGGAAGAUGUUCGAUGUGAAGCAGGUGGAUGAUGAUCCGGAUAAGGAGGUUUACUCGAGGGAGAAUCUAUUCCUGUACCGCUUCACGAAGAAACGGAUAUGA